AGUUUUAUGUGAAGGCAGCAUAGCUCCGCUUCCUCUGUACAGCUUCUUGCUAACUGCAGCCAUUUUGAUUUGAACCGCAUCUCCGGAGAGAAGCAGACUGGAAAAGGUGUUACUGCGGAGAGGAGAGAUGUGGGACCAGGGAGGACAGCCGUGGCCGCAGUGGCCUCUGAGCAGCCAGCAGCAAUGGAUGCAGUCCUUCCAGCACCAGCAUGACCCAGGUCAAGUGGACUGGGCUGCUCUGGCGCAGGCCUGGAUAGCCCAAAAGGAGUCGACAGGAACACAACCACACAACAUUCAGCCUAAUGGUCAAGACCUCCCCGGCCAUGAUUCUGGUCCACCUGCUCCGCCGGCUAACCAUGGAGCCUUUCAGGGUGAACCGGGAUUUGGACGGAUGUGGCAACCAGAGUGGGGGAUACAUGGUCAGGGCCCUCCCCCUCCACCGCCCCCUCCACCCGAGCAGCCCUGGAUCCCUCCAGGGUCCGGCCCGAUGGACGUGGUGGCCCCGAGCGAGGACAGCAACAGCCAGGACAGCGUGGAGUUCAACACUGAAGCCCACCGUGGGGGUUACCCCCAGAACAGCCAUGGGUAUGGGGCACAGCCCGACAGCUACGCCAUGGCCCCCAUGGCCAUGAACCAGUUUGAUUAUCAGCACGGUGCAGCUCCGUCCUUCCCCCCGACUCCCACGGGGUUUCACUCCCCGUACUGGCAGGGCCCCCCUCAGAGCAGGCGGGACGCCCGACCGCCUGGCUUCAGGGACCGGCCCCGAUCCCCCAUCCAGCUCCCCGUCAAGCCUCCAGAGGCCCCAGCUCCUCUGGCUCCUCUAGCACCUCUAGAUGCUGUAAAGCGCCGCACGCUGCCAGCAUGGAUCCGAGAGGGUCUGGAGAAGAUGGACAGGGAGAAGCAGAAGAAGCUGGAGCGAGAGCGGAUGGAGAAGGAGCGCGCCGAAAUGAAAAAGGACGACGGGAAAGAACACGAAGUCAGCAUGGAAGGGGAUGGGCCCCGUUUGCCCCGCAAGAGCAAAUUUGACAGCGACGACGAGGGCAAUGACGAGCACGAGACCGAAGAGAAGAUAAUCGUGAAGCGAGAAUUUGCCGCCCGCAGCCCGUCUCCGCCGGCAGAGGACAGCGAACCAGAACUAACCGACGAGUUGAAGGAGGAGCUGCUGAUGGGCAUCACUAAAACUCUCCUGACUGAGAUCCUCCUCACAGUCACCAACGAGGAGAUCAUGCACGUUGCCAGGGAUACUCACAGAAAAGCCACUCGAGCUCCUGCAAAACAGCUGGCACAGUCAAGUGCACUGGCUUCUCUGACCGGUCUCAGCGGGAUUGGUGACUACGGCUCCGAUGAAAGCGAGGACGACGCUCGCAGCGCUCGAGGGUCUGACUCUUCGGAGACAGACGAGGAAGAACUGCACCACCGCAUCCGAGCGAAGCAGGACGCCUUCCGCCGUAAAGAGCAGGAAUUGCAGGAAAAACUGGCACAAGAAGCUCUGAUUGCACGUGAAGAGAUGGCGAAGGAGAGAUUGAGCAGAGAAAAGGGGGAAUAUAAUGAGGGUCAGUUAGAAAAUGCACACAAACAGGAAGUAAAUGAGAAGGAGCUAGAGUCUGUGGUAGACAGGCGUGGGUCCCGUAGUGAUGAGGCCAAGCACUCGGGCCGAGGGAAGGAACAAUCGAGGCGAGGUGGCAGUGACUCCCCGGCCAACGGUCACAGCAGCAGCUCCCGCUCCACCUCCAGCCGCAGCAGCUCCCGCUCCUCCUCCACGUCCUCGUCUUCCUCUGCGUCUUCACGUAGCUCCUCUCGGUCUUUGUCCCCACAAAGGAAGAGGCGGCGUAGUCGCUCUUCAUCCCGCAAAGCCCGGCGGCGCAGCCGCAGCCACAGCUCCCACAGGCACCGCAGCGAGAAGGUCAGGGACAGGAGGAGGAGCAGCGCAGAGCGCUCAGGUCGCCACAAGAGGGAGCGCAGCGCUUCCAGAGAGCACAGGAGCCGCAGGAGUAGGUCCCGGUCCAGGGAACGAGACAGGGACAGAGGCAGGGGUAGGGGCAGAGACAGCCGCAGUCGCAGCAGAGACAGAGCUAGAGACAAGGACAGGAAGAGGAGCCGGGAGCGCAGGGACAGCAGUCACAGUCGGAGCAGCAAACACAAACAAAAGGCCUCCAGCAGGGACAGGGAGAGGAGGAGAGACAGAAGUCGAAGCCAUGAAAAAGAUAAGAAAAAGAAAGAUAAAGACAGAGAAAAAGAUUCAGACAAAAAGAAAGAGAAACCUAGAUCUAAAGACAAGGAGAAGGAAAAAGGAAUCUCCGUUACAGAGGAGAACGACAAGACAAAGAAAAGGAAAGAGAGCGACUCGUUUACGGACUCCCAGAAUGACAAGCGCUCUCGGCAAGAUAGCAAAUCAUCUAAGAAGGGCUCCAGCAAAGCUAGCAAGAAGCGCUCAGACUCCGACUCAAGUAGAUCCCCCACCCCUGAAGUUAGCAAGGAAAAGAAAUCUAAGAAAUCCAAACGUAGCCGGUCAAGGUCGGUGGAAAAAUCUCACAAGUCUGGUAAGAAGGCAAGCCGCAAACACAAGUCUAAGUCACGAUCAAGGUAGUAUUCGUUUUUUAUUCCCUCUACUUACUCUGUUUGUUGUGUCUCACUUGAAUUUGUAUUUUCAGAGAAAUGUUGACUGUCGUUGCUGCAAAGUGCUCAACUGUGUAAAAUCAAGUGUUAUGCAAUACAGGGCUUAUGACGGUUUUCUAUGCCAUAUGUUCAGUACACCUUGGGUCAUUUUUGCCUUUGAGGAUCUUCGUAGUACAAUGUAAAACUGUUUGUUGCUUUGCACUGUCUUCAUGGUAGUUUCCUAUGUAGAGACCUAUAGGACAUUAGUCUCUUUGCUAUGAUGGCUGGGAAGCAGAAUUUGUCUUUGCAUGUUGUAGCGUAUGCUUUGAGCGCUAAAUAUAUCAUUAAUGUCGCUCCAUUCGCUUCUCUUCCAGGUCCGCAUCCCCAUCCCAUCGAAGCAAACGCUGAGGAGCACAGUCGACAUCUGGAUCUGUGCUUUCACCCGCUUAAAAUUCCAUGAGUUGAGCAGGCUUGUCUCAUUAUAGAGGCAGUUGUGUAGGUGAACACCCCCCUCAUACAUUUAUUUUAUUGUAAAUAUGCUGUAAUUUUUAAAGUGUGACUGACGAACAAUACAUUUUGAAUGCUAGAUUUCAUUAUGCAGAGUUUAAUCACACUAAAAUCUGAAGUUGUACCGUUUUAAAACAUAAUAUGAACAUUUCCUUCCCUUCUCACGUUGUUGUACGAUGUCCAAUAAAGCCGUUUUCUUCCUUG